CUAUAAAUUCACACUUUUCCUUACCCAAAUUCUCACCACUCUAGCUCAUUCUUACUCUCUCCUACACACUAAACUCACACAAAUAUCCCCUCUUCUAUUAUUUAACCAACAAUGGCCAAGUACAUGGCUACCCUAACCCUACUCGCGCUAGUUGUCGUGGCAACGCUACUAGCCGUGACACCAUCGACUGAGGCGGUGACCUGCAGUCCGGUGCAGCUAAGCCCUUGCGCGCCAGCAAUCAUGUCCAAUCAAACACCAUCAAAGGCAUGUUGUGAUAAACUAAAGGAGCAAAAACCUUGCCUUUGUGGAUACAAAAAGAACCCAACUCUUAAGCCUUACGUUGACUCUCCUGGUGCUAAGCGCGUAGCUUCCACUUGUAAAGUCAGUGUUAGUUGCUAAGCUAAACAUGUCGAUUACAAAAACUAUAUUAUUAGAUUGAUCGAUCUUAUAAUAUACUUAAAUCUAAGAAGUAUGCACUUUAUUAUUAGCUUGAUCACUGUAUAAGUGUGAUCAAAAAAUGGUCGUGAGGGUGGUUUUAAGGUAAUUAUGUUUAAUUUAAUGUUUGCUUUGCGAUCUUGUAUUAAAUCCUGUGGUAUUUAAACAUGUACAUGUUACACACUUUUUGUGUGAGGUUGUAUGUGUUCCGGGGUUUACAAAUCUUCCUUUUAAUAAAAUGUUACAUUAUAAAAUAAGGAGCACUUUAGUAUGUUGUAAUGAUCUCAUUGGAUUGUUGUAUUGUUCUUGACUCAUCUAAUAAUCGAAUAGUAUUCUAUAUUCUCCCCAA